AGGAAUCUCGAACUUUAAUGUCUUCAUCAAACUAGUUCCAUAGGUUUAACUUGUAUUAAAUUUUGAAGAACAAGACUGCAAAUGGGUAUUCUUGCUCUGUAAUUUCCGAUUGAGGUAAAGGGGGAUUUCAUUCCCAAUUUGAGUUUGAUGAUUUAAGGGUUGUUGUUUUCCAUGCUGCUACUUCUUUUCCGUUAAUGCUCUGACUUGAAUUCAAUUAAAGAUUUGAUAUCUUUGUAACUUAUGAGCAGGAAUUCAAUGAUCCUGGGUCUAUAAGAUAACUGAGAACUGUGUCAUUUACUUUAUUUGUAAGGAAGAAAUAAAUAUGGGUCAUGCUGAGCAGCCGAAACAAAGAGUAGCGUUUGUGCUAAUUGAUGGAUUAGGUGAUGUGUCUCUGCCGAGGUUUGGAAACCGAACUCCUCUUCAAGUUGCCAAAAUUCCCAAUCUGGAUGCAGUUGCUUCAGCUGGAGUUAAUGGCCUUAUGGAUCCUGUAGAAGCAGGCCUGGGUUGUGGAAGUGACACAGCUCAUCUUUCUCUAUUAGGUUAUGACCCACGAGUCUACUAUCGAGGUCGUGGAGCAUUUGAGUCUAUGGGUGCUGGAUUAGCAAUGCAGCCUGGAGAUAUUGCAUUCAAGUCAAACUUUGCAACAUUAGAUGAGGAUUCUGGGGUUGUUACCAGUAGAAGAGCUGACAGGCAUUUCGAGGAAGAGGGACCUAUCCUCUGUGCUGCGUUGGAUAAACUGAAGCUACCAACUUUCCCUGAAUAUGAAGUUAGAGUAAGAUAUGCAACAGAGCACAGAUGUGGAGUAGUUGUGAAAGGGCCAAAACUGAGUGGAAAUAUAUCUGGAACAGACCCAUUAAAAGACAACCGCUUGCUUUUGAAAGCGAAGCCUCUGGAUGAUACUGAUGAAGCAAAGCACACAGCUGCAGUUGUCAAUGAACUCUCUAAGGAGAUGUCAAAAAUUCUGAUUGCGCACCCAUUGAAUGCAAAACGUUUGGCUGAAGGGAAGAACAUUGCCAACAUUGUCCUUUUACGAGGCUGUGGUAUUCGAAUUGAGGUUCCACCUUUUGAAGAGAAGCAUGGGUUGUGGCCAUGCAUGGUAGCCCCCACCAAAAUUAUUGCUGGGCUGGGACUAUCUCUUGGUAUUGAUAUCCUUGAUGCUCCAGGAGCAACAGGAGAUUAUCGUACUCUCUUAACUUCUAAGGCGACAGCUAUCGCUAAAGCUCUAUCAUCCCCACUUCAGCCUUCUCCAAAUGUUUUUGUACCAGGAGAGGAUGAACACGAACCAGGCCGAGCCAAUGGCUAUGACUUUGGCUUCCUCCACAUAAAGGCAAUAGAUGACGCGGGCCACGACAAGGCAAGUGUGUUCAAGGUUAAGGCAUUGGAAGCAGUUGAUGCAGCAAUAAGUCAACUGGCGAGGCUCCUCUGGCAGACAGAAUGUACUGGGAAUUUCCAGUACUCCAUUUGCAUCACCGGUGACCACUCCACUCCUGUCGAAUAUGGAGAUCACAGUUUUGAACCGGUCCCAUUCACUAUUUGCCGGUUAAAAGACUAUGUAGGUGCAGUGGGAGGAGAGUCUGUUAUACUGGAAACCUCCCUUGAUCCAUUUCCUCUUCCAAAAGUCGAUCCUGCCGCUGACCUGAAACAGAUUGGUUUUGACGAGGAGAAUAAUAAUCCAAGGGAAGCUAUCUGCGGUGAUUUGGUAAGCAGUUUUCAUGAAUUAGCUUGCGCUAGGGGCUGCCUUGGACGAUUUCCUGGUGGUGAGAUGAUGGGAAUCAUAAAGACAUUUCUUACUCUUGAAGUCUGAAAUAUUUGAGCAGAUAUGUUCUGGGUAGCGGAAUACUGAUAAAAACUCGAAUAAUCAUUUUGUCUGAGCUACUAAUUAACUUAAUACGUAACGAGAAAUGAAUGUUUGGAAUGAAAAAAGGUUCAAACUAUAUCACAUC